AUGCAGGAUUUUUGCGAAACAGUAGUUUCUUCCGACAAUAGAGUUACUUCAAAUUUUGUUAGGUCGAACAAAAUACUGUUUGAUAAUUCUUUUUGUCAGGAUUCACGAGAAAGUAAAUCAACUGAAAGUAUAGGGAACACGGGUACUUCGCAACAAAAGUACAGAGUAAUGAAAAAGACCCGGUCCCCUGCUUAUUCCGUUAAUGAGGAAAUUGAUGUCUCCAGUAGAAAGGAUCUGGCAAUCGAUAACAAGAAAAACGAUCAGAAAAUUUUUUCAAGUGAAGAACAGAAGUUCGUACAGGAAAUAGAUUUGGAAACACGAAAAAAUGACUGGCCAACGGUCGAUAGUACAACUUCUUCCUUAGAACACUUGGUCGAUUUAUAUCGCAAAGCUACUGAAGCAGAAAUUACCGCAAACGAAGCGAUUCAAAAGAAAACUCUCUGUUGGUAUCGCUAUGCGAAUGGAUUCAUCGAUAAUGCUAAGGAGCUUACACCGGAGGGGGGUGAAUUAUUCAAAGACAUGGUUAAUCAACUUUCUGAGGCUAACCAUGAAACUGUGCACAAAAAAACGCAGAAAGCCAUAAAAUUAUAUGAUUUGUCCAAAAGUAAAGGUUUGGAGGAAAACGGGAACAUUAUAGCAUACGAUACAAAUUCCGAUGCAAAUUGCACAGAUGACAGUGCCCAAAGGAAUGCUGCCAAUUUUUUCGUGGAACUUAUUGGUGAAUUGUCUGAUAAACGAGAUACUUUGGUCAUAGACCCUACUGCAGAGGAUACGCCAUUGCCGCAAGAGCUAUCUCCAAGUGAAUUUCAUGGAUCCACUGCAAUCUUAAGCAAUAAGGAGAGCAUAAGUGUGGGCAGAUGCCGACACUGUGAAAAUUUCUGUGAUUGCCCAGGCCUUGCCCACGAAGUGAAGGGCAUUCCGAAGGAAUGUAGUACGAAUUCUCCAGAAUACUUGAACUGUGGACCCUUGGAUUAUGCGCCCUUGUCACAGUUCGACGGUACAAAAAUAGGAGGAGUAGAAAAGAGUACAACAAACGCAUACAACAAAAUUGCCGUACUUGGCUCAAAUAGUCACCGGGUAAUGAACUCAAAACGUGAAGAGGACAUGGCGAAAGGAAAUAUUAGCUGCGAUAAAAACGAAGAUGCUAAUCGAGAAGAUAUAGUUUUAGGGGGGCUAAAGAGGCCGAUUACGUACGCCAACCUGAUCUGUGCCGAGUGCAGAACACUAGGUUCGAUUUGUCUUAAUUGCCUAGUGAACGAAUAUGAGACAGAUUUUAGUGUAGAUCAACCUCUAUCCGCAAAAGAUAACGAGCAAAGGCAUCAUGAUCGAUUAUGCUUCGACAUGGAUGAUAGUGACUCCGAAAUUGAUUUAUUUCGUACGGGAACUGGGUAUUAUGGACAGUCCCUUUUUGACUAUUACACAAAGCCUUUCUACUAG